AUGACCAUUACUCCAGAUGAUGCGAAGCAGAUUCUUAAUCUCAAUGAUCAUGGUGUAGCUAUCAAGUAUGAGUACACAAAGCAGUUAACCUGGGAACAACUUUAUGAUUUGUGUAAAAACUGUUUUGGUUGGGAUAAAGAGACAUCAGACAUUAGGUUCAACAAGUGUUUUUCUUACAAAAAUAGACAGUUUAACAUGAGUCAGUUGAUCAAGAUGUUCAAAGGCACUGCCGAGAAAGAAAAGAAAGGACCGUUAAGUGAUGCCGAAGUAGAUGUCGCGGCCACCGCCUAUCUCUUGUGUGUAUUUGGAUGUGUCAUAUUCCACAAUGCCAGUGGCAACCGAGUAGACGCCAACCUUCUACAACUAUUGCAUCCUCUCAAUAAGGUCACGUACUACUCAUGGGGCACCACAUGCAUUGCAUUCUUGAUGACAGAGUUAAGAAAGGCGUCGAGGCUUAGAACUAGCCAAAUUUCCGGGAACGUGAGUCUAUUCCAGACAUGGGUCUAUGACCACUACCCUAGUCUGAAAUUGGAAGAUGUGAACAUAAAGUGGGAGAAAGGUACACCGAGAGGAAAAAAGUACAAGUUCACAAAGAACCGUUCAAGGACAAAGGAGCAGCAGUUGGUUAGCUUGAGGGAGAAAUUAGACUCAACUAAGGCCUCGGAGGUAUGCUUUGAUCAUUACAAGGAAGACCGAGCUAGUGGACAUAUGGCGGGUCGUUCCGAGUUGUCCCAUUAUUUUGGACCGUUGUGGCACCCCACAGGUUAUGUGAUGUACAAUGGCUCCAGGGUGAUGCAACAACAUGGUUAUUGCCAAACAGUAUCAUGGCAUCACAUAAAUGGCAAGUUCAAGUUGGAUGUGGAGCAUAGCGAGUCUAACCAGGACACCAUCAAGGUAGUUUACUCUGGUACAACAUUUAUUACUGAACAUUGGGAUAAGAGGCUAUGCCACUUGGUGAACACUGGGAUAGCUGUCAACCGAGGUGAUGAAAGUGCUCCAGGCUAUAUAGGGUGGUACCGGGAGCAUUCACAUCAUCGUGUAAUCCGUAAACUUAUAGCAAAGACGACCUCGGUAGAAGCCUUUUACAAAUGUAUCGUCAAAGAAAAACCCUCAGUUGGACAACCUGUGCCAAUUGAGAAGAUAAAAAAGCACAGGGAGAUGAUUGAUAAUGUUGAUAAUGAAGAGUAUGCAGCUGAGUUUCGGGAGAAAGUGACGAAGAAGCCGCCCAAGAAAAAAACAUCAAAGAAAAACAAAAGAUCUCAGGAUUCUUCAAGCUCUCUUGCUGAAGGAAAUAUUGAGGGAGAUGAAGGUAAUGCCGGUGAUAAUGCAGGUCGUGUUAAGCGUUCUAAAAUUUAG